AUGGAGGAGGCGGUGCAGAUGGUGCAUCGGCAGGACGCCGCGGUCAAGCAGAUGAAAAAGAUGCGCCCGAAGAAAUUUCGCUGUCAGUACUGCGACGUCGCGUUCAGCAACAACGGCCAGCUCAAGGGACACGUUCGGAUACACACUGGUGAGAGACCGUUCAAGUGCGACGUUGAAUCCUGCGGAAAGUCCUUCACCAGGAACGAGGAACUGACACGACACAAGCGGAUUCACACUGGUGUUCGACCUCAUUCUUGCGUCGUCUGCGGCAAACGAUUCGGGCGCAAGGAUCACUUGAAGAAGCACACGAGGACUCACGAAGUACGCGAUCCGUAUCGUCUCUCGGCGGCGGCGCUAGACAUGUUAGCUCUGAGCCAUCCAUUUCAGCAAGCUGCUGGGCUCGCACCGUACGUCUACCAGAUUUGA